AGCAAUAAUUCUAGUGAGGAGCCUUAACACAAAUAGGAGAAAUCAUCAUUUGAGCUACCAAUAAUUUGAUAAUUACUCCAAAAUUAUCAAUGAAUCAUCACUUACUACUCUUUUGAAAUAAUAAAUGUGUACUUAUUAUAAAUAUCUAUAUUCUUUAAACGUAUUCGACUCUAUGCCUAGCUCAAGUUAUGUGCAAGGGGAAUAAAUAGCACUUUUCGACCGUUGCAAUUGAAUAAUAGUCACAAUAAUGAAGUUUCAAAAUUCACAAGUGAAACUCCCAGAUAUCGUUAUAGAGUUUCACUUGUAGAAUUUGAAACUCCUAGUUAAUUUUUAAAGACAGGACCGAAAAGUAGUCAAUCUAUAGGCGCUAUUUUUACGCACAUAAGUCACUAUCCGCGAUAGAAAGUAUAAAUCCAAUAGGGGGUGGAAAAUAGUAGAUACCGGUUGAAGUAGUCGAGAUGUGUCAAAGCUGGCCCGAGCACCACCGUUAUCCCAAAAAACAAAAGAAAGGGGAGUGGAAAAUGAGACUAAAAGAAGUAUUAUAAGAAUGUAUAACAACAUAAACAAUUUUCCCCUUUAUGAUCUGGGAUCAUUUAAAAUAUGCCUAAUAUCAUCAAACAUUUGCAGCCAUUUUUUAAAAGAAAAAGUCACACCACCAUCCUCUUUAAAAUGGCCCUCUUCACCAGCAUUUGCUCUCAAAACUCAAACUGACACUUCCAAAGACUCACAAAAACAUAGUAGUAAAAAUCACCAUGGAAAAUGCAGAAAUUCGUUGUUCGUGUGACACUGUAGAAGAAGAUUACAUAGACAUGGAAGUUAGUCCAAAUUCAAACUUAUUUUCUCAAUUCAAAAACUCUCCUUCUCAAGCUAGAGAAUUUGAAUUCCAAAUGUUUCCUAAUUCUAUUGAUAAAGAUACAACAACAUCACCAGCUGAUGAACUAUUCCAUAAUGGUAAACUCCUCCCACUCCACCUCCCUUUUGGUACAACACAAAUGGUAGAGAAAUUACUUCAAAAUCCUAAUAAACCUGUUUAUGGAACCCGAAAAAACGAUGUUUUUGAUGAGUCUUUUAGUACCCCUUUAUUCACAACCACUACUAAUACUCCUACGAGUAACACUCCGUUUGAAUCCUGCAAUAUCUCUCCCGUUGAGUCCUGUCAAGUUAGCAGGGAACUCAAUCCGGAAGAAUACAUGUUCGAAUAUUCAGCAGAAGAAACUAACGUAUUUCCAGCAGACGACGAACAUGCAAAAAAGUCAUGGACGAGAAAACUCAAGCAAAUAAAGACUUCCUCUUUUGGUUCGAAAAUUAAGACUUCCCGGGCUUAUCUUAAGUCUUUCUUUUCUAAAUCUGGUUGCUCGAACGAGUUUGCUUCAAAAAACAUCGACAAAGGGCCUUUUCCAAUAGCUAAAGAAGCUAGGAAAGAGCCAUUUGGGCAAAUUCAGAGAUGUGGUGCACAUUCGAAAGGGAUCAAAAAAGAAAAUGAUCGCGAUCAAGAUAUGAAAGGUCGACAUAGAAGGUCAUUCUCAGGAGCUAUUAAGAGAUUUUCAACAGCUAAAUCAUCUUCGGCUUCAUUUUCAACGUCUACUUCUGGCUCUUCAUCAGCUUCAAGCUCGAAUAAUUCGAAUGAAUUUCAAGAGAUGCACUUCUUCAAGAGAAGCAGCAGUGCAUAUUCAGAGAUAGAGAACUCAAUUCAAGCAGCAAUUGCUCAUUGCAAAAAUUCCCAGCAGCAGUUCAAUUCAAGAGAGACAAUAAGUGAUAUUGGAGUUUGUUCAUUGUCAGCUUCUAAAGUGAUCAAUGAAGAACAAGAAAGACCUGGACUCUGCAGGGGAUAAAUUAUUUCCUUUUUUUCCUGUCACUGUUUCUUCUUUUAUUAUAAGGUCUGGUGGAAGAAGUAGAAAUGGACAAACUUUUAAAUUAUCUUGUUAUAUGAUACUUCUUUCUUUCACAGUUUUUGUGUAAUAAGCCUCCAUAUAGAUUAGCAAUUCUCACAAUGUGACCAUAUAAAUUGCUAGUACUUCCAAAGCACAACUUUGUUAGAAAAGUUUUGACAAAUGCCAAAUUCUAGUACAUUAUUCUACCAGUUACUUGCUACUUCCAUCAAUACAGGUACCGGUAACUUUGUCUAUCAAGAUUUAGACAAUUGGGAAGAAAUCACAUAAUUUUUUUGUCUUUGCUAGAAUU